CCGCCUCGGCCCCUCCGACGAAUGGUGGGAAAAAAUGGGAGGGCGCCGCCGGACUCGGGCUUUUGAGGUCCCUCUCUCCGAAGGAAGGUAGGCUGCAGCGUGUGUGUUUAUUGAUGAGAUGAAAGAAGAAGAUGGAAGUGAGACGUGAAGCAAAGUGAGGGAAAAUAUUUAAAAAAAAAAAGAAAAGAAGAAAAAAAAAGAGAAAAAAAAUAACCCAAAAAAACUCAAGCUCGGUCGUAAGAAGAGGAGGAGGGAGAGAGAGAGAGAGAGAGGGAGAGAGUGAGAGAGAGAGAGAGAGAGAGAGAGAGAGGAGAGGUGGAAAAAAAAAAACAAAACAAACCGGAGAAGCUGUGAAACGCUGUGGGCCAGUCUCUUUAGGAGCGAGCAGCGAUCGGUUUGGAUUGGCUGAAGACGACGACGCUGUCGGAGGGACGUCAGAUGUGAUCUGUGCAGCCAAGGCAAGGUGGAGGAACAAUUUCUCCAUCCCAAACCCAAAGAAAGGCGUCGAGGGAGUUUGAGCUGAAGUCUUAUUCUUCAAGCAACAAUAAAGGCUAAAAAUUGCAGUACAGCUGCUGAUGGCGAUCGUGAAGACUGUGUGAGGUUUGGACGGCGGCCGAGAGAGAGAUGAAGUGAGCGUCCGGCGGCUCUCCUCACACACUCGCCAGCACCAGCAAACCUGUAGCAUCCUGCCCCUGUGCCUCUCACACACACACCACUACCCUACAGAGCGCCAUCAGACUGUGACAUCAGUUGCAAGGGGAUGACCGAGCGCAUUCACAACAUCAACCUUCACAACUUCAGCAAUUCUGUACUUGAGACCCUCAAUGAGCAGCGAAACCGCGGGCACUUCUGUGACGUGACCGUUCGGAUCCAUGGCAGCAUGCUGCGAGCCCACCGGUGCGUUCUGGCCGCUGGGAGCCCCUUCUUCCAGGACAAGCUGCUGCUGGGCUACAGCGACAUCGAAAUACCGUCCGUGGUGUCCGUUCAGUCCGUCCAGAAGCUGAUCGACUUCAUGUACAGCGGAGUGCUCCACGUGUCCCAAUCAGAGGCGCUGCAGAUCCUGACCGCGGCAAGCAUCCUGCAGAUCAAGACGGUCAUAGAUGAGUGCACGCGUAUCGUCUCGCAAAAUGUUGGAAUCGCUGCUCCUGGAAGCUUCCCGGUUGUCCCUGGAGAUUCGGGACAAGAUACGCCCCGUGGGACGCCAGAAUCUGGCACGUCCGGCCCCAGCAGCGAUGCGGAAUCGGGAUACAUGCAAGCAACAUCCCAGCAAAGCCUAGAUCGGGUGUAUUCUUCUCUCUACUCCAGCUGCACUGGGUUAGGGUUGCAGAAUGGCACUCGAGGAGGCGAGCGCCCGCACUAUGCUGCCGCCUCCGGGGCGACUGCUGGCGGCUACAAUUCGGUCAUCCCACUGCAGCAGAAGGAAGGUGGUCAAGACCCGGCUUGGAUCACCCGCAUCCACGAGCGCUCUCAGCAGAUGGAGCGCUUCCUGGCUUCGACAUCAGAGAGCACACACUGCCGCAAGCAGCCAAGGCCCGUCCGGCUCCACACGGGCAGCGGAGACAACGUUCACAUCAAGCAGGAGCAGGGAGAUGACUAUGGCUGCUACGGGCUGGACGAGUGCCGGGAAGACAACGAGCAGACGGAGGGCGCCGACAGCGAACCGAAAGGUGAAAGCUUCGACUCGGGUGUCAGUUCCUCCAUCGGCACUGAGGCUGACUCCGUAGAGCAGCAGCAGUACCUAUCCGGGUUCGGCCGUGAAAAUGGCGCCCAGGGCGAGGGAGGAACCCCUGUGCAGAUCGAAGUCACCGACUCGUCCCCUGAACAGACCCAGGAGGCUGUGGAAGAUAACAACGGACAACCACAGAAUGCCGGCAGUGAAGUGGCCAUGCUCCAGCCUCCGCCUCCUAACCCUGCCGGGCCUCCGUCCGUACCCGGUGGGCAACUGUACAUCCGGCCCGGGGAGACACUGGCCAGCAACUUGCGCAUGCCGCUCACUCUGACCAGCAACACACAGGUUAUGGGCACUGCGGGCAACACCUAUCUGCCCACACUUUUCGCCACGCAGUCGGCCACCGAGAACAAGCCUUUCCUCUUCAGCCUGCCCCAGUCCAUGGGCAGCCAGCAGCCCCAAUUCGUGGCCGUGCCACCCCACAGCCUGCCUCCAUUUCCCAGCGGCCUCAGUGGUGUUCCCCCGCCAUCCGGGGCCCAGCAGCAAGCGGCUGCAGGGGUGGGACAGCAGGGUGAAAAGAAACCCUAUGCCUGCACUCUCUGCUGUAAAACCUUCACUGCCAAACAGAACUACGUCAAACACAUGUUCGUGCACACCGGUGAGAAACCCCACCAGUGCAGCAUCUGCUGGCGCUCGUUCUCCCUGAAGGAUUACCUUAUCAAACACAUGGUCACGCACACAGGCGUCCGCGCCUACCAGUGCAGCAUCUGCAACAAGCGCUUCACCCAGAAGAGCUCGCUCAACGUCCACAUGCGGUUGCACCGCGGCGAGAAGUCCUACGAGUGCUACAUCUGCAAGAAGAAGUUCUCCCACAAGACCUUGCUGGAGCGCCACAUGGCCCUGCAUAGCACCGCCGCCGGGGUCACCGGGGUCGCUGGGGUCCCUGGAGUCCCCGGGGUCCCCGGGGUGACUGGGGUGGCUGGGGUGACAGGCGGAGCCGGCGCCGGAGGCCCCGCCUCCAUCCCGGUUCCCAUGGCGGUGCCGGAGCCUGGGCCGGGCGUGGUGGCUUUGGCCAUGCCGGUUGGAGGAGGUGGUGCCGGGGGCGGAGUUGGUGGUACAGGAGUGGGCGUGGCCAGUGGAGUGGGAGUGGCCGCAGAAGCGAGCUGCCAGGAAGGGACCACCUACAUGUGCUCUGUGUGCCCUGUCAAGUUCGACCAAAUCGAGCACUUCAACGACCACAUGCGCAAGCAUGUCUCCGACGGAUAAGUACAAAUCCUAAAAGAGAAAACAAACUUCUUUUAACAACAAAAAAAAGAAUGAAAAGAAAAUGGCACUAGAUUUUUGUUUUGUUUUUUUUUUUUGUUUGUUUUGUUUUGUGUUUUUUUCCCUGAUAUUGGGGCAUGAAGAGUAAAAAUGAGUAUAGACACUGGCACAUUGAGUUUCCCAGAAAAAAAAAGAGGCGUUUUGUUUUUUUGUUUUUCUUUUCGUCGUUGUUAUUCUUAAAGAAUAAAAAAAAGAUGGUGGCCUUAAGGCUGUGUAGUUGGAUAACGAUCCACUGGCUGGAUCCAAACUACUGGCCUCUAAAUGUAUGAUUUCCUCAAAUACUGAUUUAUGUGUUGAACACUACCGAAAGGCCUGCGAAAGAUACAUACAGAUACAGAUAAAAACACAUUGAAUACAUACACACACACACAUACACACACACACACACACACACACAAACACACAAACACACAAACACACACAUACAGAUGAGUUAUUCGUAUGUAUGUGUUUAUAUGGCUGUGCUCGUGCGCGUGUGCGUGUUGUGCAGAGAUAAACAUUGCCGUGAAUAAACUUGUAGACGUUUUUCCCAUGUAGACCGUUUUGGACACUAUAGGCGUCCAAGCUUACUGUGGUAUACCUUUUUUAAAAAAAGAAGAGGAAAAAAAAUGAGCAUCUGGCUCGGGCUCUCGAUUCGUUCUGGAAAAAAAAGUAAUGAUGGUCACAAGUUUGCCUUUUUAGUGUAGGAUAAGAAAAGGAGAGUUGACACUGGUUUUUAUUUAUUACUAUGGUUUUUGAGGGAUAAUGAUGCAGCUGUUAUCAAGGUACAAGUCAACUUCAAUAAUUGUACUGAAAUGUAACUUCCUGUGAGUGAGCUGAAGAAAGAUAAUUAUUGUUUUAUCGUUUUUUUUUAGUUUUUUUAAAAAUCCUGACUCUUUAUUCGAUGGCGAGUUUACGAAGUUUGUUUAUAUUUAAAAAAAACGUCAGUAUUCGAGCAAAAAUGUUGAUUUUGUUUUGCAUACACUGCCACUAAGAAGACUGUUAUUUGACCUCUUCCACUUAAACGAAAAAAAAACAAUGUGAGACAGAAAAAACAACAAUGUUGUUUUUGUUUUUCUUUAAAGCUCUUUUGGCUUUAAUUGACUCAUCAAUCUCGUUCGCACCAUUUUUUUUAAAUAAACAAAAAAAAACAAGGAUUUUACAUUUGCAGUAAAAAGGCAGGCUUCGGUAUGCAAACAGGCCCGCCCUCGCUGCUACGUGAACGUGGCUAAGUCGAGGCUUGCUGAUGACAGCUGUAAGCUGGAUUAGACGGAGAGCGAUUUAGCGAACUGGACAGAAAUGACCUCCUAAAGGCCUGAAAAAAGAAAAAAAAAGGUUUUUAAAAAAAACCACCCGCUCUGUGUUUCCUGUUGGCAACGUCUAACCGUGACUCAGCUGUUUGGGCGGGUGGGGCGAAUAAAAUGCACUACUUCUGAUCUUUAAGCCCCACCUAGUGGCUCAAAUGGCCAAACAGUGUAUGGUUUUUUUUUUGUUUUCUUUUUUUUGCCCGACAGGAAUUACAGACGGUGUUGGAAGAAGAAGAAGAAAGGGCAAGAGAGAUAGAGAAGAAGACAAAAAGGACAAGAGCGAGAGAUAGAGAAAGAGAAAAAAACAAGGCAACUACAUUACUGAACCACAGCAAAAUAAUAAACCCGGUCAAUUUCAUUCUUUUUUAAAUAUACCACAGCUUAACAAGAUAAGACUCUCCAGACAAUAAGAUACAUUCCCGAAUUUCAUGGAUAACUAGACGUCGUGUGUGUUGAGUAGAUUUUUUUCCGAGACGUGAGACGAGAAGAGGUUGUAAUUUAAGUGUCAUGUCACUCAAAAAGCUCUGCGCUGGUAUUUUGGCUUCGUCGUUCUCGUAUUGUUCCAGACUCAUCCGCCUGCAACUGCAAUCUGGAGAUUUUUUUUUGCUCACUCCUUCAAGGACUUGUUUUUCUGUAGUUAGGAUGGUGAGAUCAUAAUUAGUUUGACUUCCUUUUUUGUGUUGGAAUUUAGUCCAAAAAUAAUAAGUUGUAGAUCACAAAAGAAGAAAAAAAAAACAACAGUGCUACUUUGCACACUUACUUCAAAUGCCUGUGCUUAAUAUUAAAUUGUUUUACUUAAGAAAUGAAAUUCUAUGAUUUUUUUCUUUUAUUUCUUUCGUUGGUUUUAAAGGAAAUAUCUUUCUUAAAAGCUUGAUAAGAGGACUGCAUUGUUUUCUUGCAUAUAUGUUGCACUGCAUAAACCGAUAAGUGCACUACUGUUACCAGAGAUGUUCUAGUUUUUAGAGAAAAAGAAUCAUUUUUUUAUCUAAUGUUUGGUUCUAGAGUUCACUUGUGUUCGAGUAGCUUUGUUCCUUUUUUAUGAUGAGAUGAUUAAAGGUUUCUCGGCUUUUGUUAUUAUUAUUAUCGCUUGCUAAUGUAUGUAUUUUACUUGUGCUGUGUUUUGUGCGAGCAUUUGUUUUUGUUUGUUUGUUUGUUUGUUUUUCUCCUAUUUAAAUCCGAACCAUCGUGUGAGCUUGUCCCUGGGUUUUAUUCGCCAUUUUAUUACUUUAUAACGUGUUUUCUUUUUCACCACUGAAUCCCUCCCUGUCUCCCCACCAGCAGUUGCUGCAUUGCAUACGUUGAGACAGACAGAUUCUCAAAUUUUUCUUCCCGUACGUAAAGCGUUCAUACCAAACUAAAUCCAAAACAAAAACAAAACGUUAAAAAAAAGUUUUCUAGCGUGUGAGUGUGCUUGAACGUAACAAUACGUGUGUUUUCGUAAACUGGUUUCUAUGGCAGGGUGGUUGUGCGCAGCUUUCCUUUCCGUGCUGUCCUAGAGGAUGUGCGUAUGUAUGUGUAGGUGUGCGUGAGCGCGUAUUCCCCUUUGUGUCGUAUGGUUAGUGAUGCCUGAACUGCGGGGCUUCCUUUGCAAUAUGCAGUGCAGGUACUUGUGAGGAGCAGCAGCAGACGCAUGUGUUUUCUCGCCGGCUUGUGAGUGCAUUUAUGACACACAGCAAUGGCAACUUUCACUAGAACAGUUACAGCAAAUAAAAAAAGAAAAAAAGAAAAAUAAUCCCUUCAGCCCUCUAUCCAGACAAGAAAAGAGCAUGAUAUUUCUCUUCCUGCUGACCUUGGCCUGACCCAGAGAUGAGUCUUCAUGCAUUACCUGACCGCAGUCAGCCCUGGAGUUGGUGAAGUUGUGAAGUUUUCUGCUCUGAAAUCUGCUCCUGUGCUUCUUGUGCAUUGAGCUUUUCUCAACAGAGAGUUGCAUUCAGACCUAAUCUAUACCUGCUGCAUCUGUAGCGUACUGUUAGUCACCACGGAUAAUAGUUUCAACACAUUUCCUUGAACUUAGAAAAGGACAGAAAAUCUACUCGCGCAAAAAUCCCUUUAAAUAAAAGCCAAUGGACAAUAGUCUCCAUGGCAUUCUUGGAGCCUGUGAAAACAAAUUAUAAAUUAAUAAAUUAAACUUAUUAUUACAAUCAUUACUCCACACCACUAUGCUGGUAACAAAUUCUUCCUCCUGGAAAACUAGUCCCACCUUUUCGGCUCAAUUUAUAAAUUUAUUCGACUAAAGAAUUCGUAUUUCUCAUAAAGAAGCUUUACUGAUGAAAUCCAGAAUCCCAUUGGCUUUAUUUUAAGUGAGGUUUGAGUCAAUGGGUCUCUGUUCUUUCACAAGUAUAGGGAACCGUGUCGAAACUGUCUGUGGUGGUCUUUUCACACACUACAGAUCAGGCAGAUGCUUGAGUAUUGCUUUAAACUGCCAUCAUGUCCAAACGUCAAAGGUUGGGUUGUUGGAAGGUCGCACUUGGCUUUGGACAGGACAUACGUUUUUCGGUGUCGUUCCCCUGUUGGAUGUUUCGGUUUGGUCUGAAUUUCCGUGAUGUUGCCGUGGUUUCCUUCAGAUUUCCUCUAGGCCUUGAGUUUGCAGGGCUUCUGUCAGCUGUGGGUGCUGCAGUGGUAAAACAGCUUUGGUGUGUGGAGUUACCGCUGAGUCUGUGCCACAAAACUGCCACUCAGACGCUUCUUUCGCUAGUAACGGCGUGAAGAGCGUUUCAUGGCUGUCACAUUCAGCCCUGAAAAAGUUGCCCUUGAUCUUCCCUUGAGGAAACUUCAGAUGGCUGUUGUUGUUAGAUUUAGGGGGAAAAUAAUGCUUGAGAGAAGAAUGACUUUUGGACCUUUUUUGUUUCGCAGUUUCUGAAUGCAGCAAUUUCUAACAGGCUGCCAAGUUCCUCUACCUGUCCUUGAGUACCCAAUUAAAGGCUAUGUACAUUUUCUCUCCUUACAAAAGGAUUCAACAUCAGCUCAGCUGUCUUGAAACAACAAAAAGUUAAAUGAAUUAGAACUAAUUUAUUCCCAAACAUGUUGAACAAUGUUCAAAUACACAAAGGCAACAAGAAAUGCUGAAAAAAAAUGAUCAAAAAUGAUAAAAUAUCAUCCGCCCACAGAGCGUCCACGAGUGGAAAUGCCAGGUCAGGGCAAGCGUGCACAUUUUUCGUGUUUAACUCUUCAAACAAGCACUAUGGUAGUGAGCAGAUAAAUCAAUAUCGCUUCCAAACGAAUGAUUAGAUGAGGUACACUGUUUAAGAUAAACAAAAUCUUUGACAAAAAAAACAAAUGCAUUAUAUUGGCCAUCAUGUCUGUGUCCUUAAAAAACAGCCUUAAUAAUAUUUAAAUAACGCAACCAAAUGCACUAUUGACUGUAAAGGUGCUUAUCCAACGAUGUUCUGCUUUCACAAACCUUUCAUACUACGGCAGAGAAAGCGAGCAUGUGUGCGUGUGAGGGAGAGAGAAAGACCAUUACAUUGCAAUACAGUAUUGGAGCUUUUUCUUGCAAAAAGCAACGGAGGAUGUCAUUCUCUCCCUGCUAAUUCACUCGCACCCACACUUAUACGCAUAUAUACAGAAAAAAAAACACAAAAAUGACAAAAAAAACUCACUUGGCCAUGAUUUUAAACGACAAAACCCGACUGCUUUGCAUCUUCGGCACCAUACGGAGGUACUGCUCACUGCUCUAGCUUAAUUUCAGUACAGCUCUAUAUAAUAACCAUGCGUUUUAAAUGGUGAGGAUUUUAGUCACCACCACCUAGUGUCAGAUAUCAUAUAUAAUUGCUGUCUCAUAUUACUGUCUGUGUUGAAGUGUUAUAAUAGGCUCCAAAGCCCCAAAUCAGUGUGACUGUUUGUACAUGUGUUUAAAAAAAAGAGGAAAAAAAAACAAAAAAAGGAGAAAUCUGUCUUUUUUCCACCUACUCUUUGUUAAGCCAAAAUCGUGUAGCUUUUGUGAAUUUUUUACAGCUUAAUGUCGACACGAAUUUAAGACACAGUUCAGAUACUCAAAUUUGCAUAGCCUGUUCAUUGUUGCGUCUGUAUCGAGCGCCCGCAUCAUGGGCGAAUUGGGGGGGGGGUAGAUUCACUUCACUUCUUGCGUAGUACAUUUUUUUCCUUAUUCACAUUAUAUACUUGCAACUCUUUAGCAUAUACUUAGGUGUUUGGUUUUGUUUCUGUAGUUACGUAAGGUGGUCGUUUUGAGUUUUAUCAUGCUGUUUUUUGUUUUGUUUUUUUUUGUUGUUUUUUUUGUUCUUUUGGUGUACAGUACAGAUACAGGAUCCUCUUUGCUUUCACAGUCAGUUUAUUUCAUAUGAGUUUAUCGUAUUUUGUUUUUUUCUCUCCGCAUUUUCAAACAGUGUGUCAGUUUCUUGAUCUAUACAUUAUCUGUUUUUCCUUGCUGGUAGUUUUUUGGGCACAGAAAACAAGAUAGAAUCACACGCCGCCAAUCCGGUGGAGUUUUUCCCUUUUUGGGUAAUAAUUUUUCAAAUAGCUGGUCUUUCAGUUUUCUUGCACAAUCAAAGACGUUAUUCAUAAUAACACGUGAUGCUGGCUUUCAGCAAAAGCUGUAAAAUUCUGUAAGACUCUUUUUUGCAAGUGUUUCAUCCACAGCAGUUUUCUUUUAAACAGUUUAAUCUAACCACCACACUGGUCAUAAAGCAGUUACGAAACAAAAAAAAGGCUAAUAUACUCACAUCAACAGCUAUAGCAUAAAUACUCUACCAAUGUUGUACAUUGAGCUUCUUCCUGCCCUUCUUUGGAAGAAUAUAGUAGAAAGUUUAAUAACAAAGUGCCUCUUUGUAUAGCUCCAAGCAUGAUAACCAUACACAAAAACACUGUCAGUUUUCAUCCAUUAUAAAAACAUAUGCCGUUGGCUAUAAUAAUAAUAAACAAUAAUAAUAAAUAAUAAUAAUAAUCAUAUUAAUACUUGUACAGUAUUUAAUCAUUAACGUCCUUACUUGCAAACAAUCACUGCCUAAAUUUAUUAAUCACAUGCAUAAAUUUACCGCCAUUUGUCUGUGAGCGAAGUUUUGAAGACUACCAGCAAUAAAUACAGUUCAAUCUGAAAAAACAAAACAAAACAAACAACAAAAAAAACCCAGGCUUUGCCUCGUAUUAUUUUAAGGACCAUAAGUAAGGGUGGUGGCUUUUAACCCCUGAAAUCACCAAAAUAAAGCCUCUUUUGUACUAAAAAUUUUGUCCAAAGUGCCCCUGACCCUAAAAAUCAUACUUUCAAAAAAAAAAUUCAUUUUGUAAUUUCCUUGUGAUAUUUUUUAACUUAAUUUCACAAGCGUAUUUUGUAAAUCACAUGGCCUUCUAUUUAAAGCGUCUACAUUUAAACCAGUUAAGUCCAACGAUAGAUAUAUUUCUUUUUUAUUUUCAAGGCACUAACAGUCGCCUUGUUGUGAGGAAACGUGUCCGAUUUGACUUUUCAAAUCCUUUGAAUGAAUGUUGAGUGUUGAGAGCAAAUGGCUUUGACGAGUGCGUGCUGGAAUACACAUUAUAAACAGAGCAUUAUGGGAUGUAUAUUGCUGACAAGCUGUCCUGGCAUACUACAGUACUGUUUUCCUUUUAUCAGAGAGAGAUUGAAGGGGUUUAGUAGUAAAAGUGUAUCAUCAGAACGUACCUGGAAAUAAUUCAUUUAUUUUAUCAACUUAUUUAAGUUCUAGAUUUCUUUUUUUGAUGUCAGAUCGCUUGUUUCGUUUUCUUUCUCAACGACAGUACUGGACGAUAUUCUCAGUUCAUCAUAUGCUAUUCCACUGCAGAUCCAAAGACAAGAAAAAACACUCUAUUUAUGGCCGCGAAGGUUUUUAAGAGGCAUUAUAAUACACAUAUUCUACAGUUUAUACAGAUUUUAACAGGAGAGAUUUGUUAACAUAGCUACGGAAAUUCUUUACAGACAGAUAUUUAUGAAAGCGCGAAUGCAGAUACAGAUUAUUCUUCACUUAUCAUGCGAGGAGGCGCGUUUCCAACUCAGAGCAGAAUUUGGUAUAGUAGUGCAGUAGGACUUCAUGAAUGCCGUACGUCUGAAAUGAACAACCCUCAUAAACUUUGCAGUAGUAUUGGUGGAAGAUGACCUUCUGUGUUGACGCGAGACAGGUUUAAUGUAAGGAUUUGGAUUUAGGAAGUCAUCCUAGAUCAGCAGCAGGGAUAACUUGUGCCAUUUGCUGAAGCCUCGAGCGGAAAGAUUUUGUAUUUGAGGGCUUGUAAAGUAGUUUUGAGUGUGAGGAUGACAGAUGGCUGUCCUUGUGCUCGCUAUGCUGCAAGUGGAGGUGAAGCCAUGCUUUCACCCACCCUCUCCACCCUCUCGUGCGCUUCUCAUCUCUCCCACAAUCAGUUUACCUAGCAAAAAGAAAGAAAUGAAUUGUUCUCUUUGGGCUUUUUCAGUGGCGUUUGCCUGAUGCUUCUCUUUAUUAAGGCAAAAAUAUUGCAAUUUAACAUCGUACCAUCUGCUAACAAGAAUGGGAAAAGGUCCCUUUUCAUUAUAACAAUGAUGAUUGUGUUUAUUGGCAUUUUAAGUCAAACAAUUUAAUCAAAAACAGUUUUUUUUUCUCCACGGUGCCUGACCAAAAGUAGUAGGCAAUUUCCUUGGCUAACUACGACGCCACUUGACUGAUGGAACGAAAUCAAAUCAUUCAAAUUCAGCGCAACAGACCAGCUCAGUUUCCUAUUAUUCACAGCACGAGUACACAAAAAAGUGUGAGGAAAUCAAAGUGGUAUGACAAUUGAUAUGACACACAGGAGCCAAGAAAAGCCAGACAGCAAAUAGAUAAUGUAGAUGCCUGAGAAUGUCAGUGCAUGAGAAAGAAAGGAGAUCUUAGACAAAUUAUUAUUUUUUUUAAACACAAGGCUACUAAAAGACUGAAAAGAUGGUGCUAGUAUGGUAUUUCUAAAAAUGAUGCUAUGAUUUGGGUAAAAGCUGCUUCUUGUUAUGCUUGUAAGGGCAGUGUGGGUUUUUUUUCCUUCAGCAGAUAAACUAUUUGUAGGUGUCUAAGCUGUACAGAAUGCAUGAUGGCAUCCGGCAAAUAAUGACUGAGAAAGGCAGCUUCCAGCUAACAGUGCCUGUUAGAACUUUAACUAACAUCUACGCACACAAACAAGUCUUUUUGCUAUCGAAACAACUUUGUUAUUCUCUUGAUGAUACGCACAAUAAUUUGACUUCUCCGUUAUUUACUCCACAUCUUGGUUUUUGUAUGUUGAUAAAAAGUCUACAGGCCAUUCUCUGUGAUGAGGCAGUUUAACAUGAAUUCAUUAAUGGUACUAAACUGUACCAGACAAGAAAAUAUGGCAUGACUUUUAUUUAAUUUCGAUUUUCAAAUGUCAAUUAUAACCCAUAUACGCUCCUUAUAAAAGAGUGUUCCGCAUAAUUCAGAUUAAAUGAUUUUGUAGUACUAUUUCCAGUAGCCGCCCCUUUACUGUUCAUAUAUCUUGCCAUUUUUCUUCAAACAGUAAGAUGAACUUUGAUGUCAUGCAGUAAUCUAACAUCUGUAAUUACCCUGUACAUGAUUGAAGUAUUAUUAUUAUUACUGUCACUGCAAAUUUGAGUUGUCCUUGUAUCUCUUUAGGAGUGUUUAGAUUGUUCUUUGGGCGUCAGUAUUGUAAUCUAUAGUGAUGGUGGUUUUAAAACAGCCAUGUCGGUUUGUACACAGGGUUAGUCGUAUUAGCUUUAGUUUUGAUGUUCUAACUUGGCCUUGUGAAAGUAACAGGCAAGCAAGCAAAAGAAACAUGGUUCUGGCUAACUAUUAUUCAUAAUUCACAUUCCCCCCUCAGAAAUCCCAAACAUUCCUCAAUUUUCUAAUCCAGUUUCUGACUAUUCAUCCCUAAAGUUUGGCGUUCUCUUUUCAUGUGUUUGCUGGAAUCUUCAUUUGGUAACUCACUAUACAUAAUAUGGUUAAAGUCAGGCAAAAUCAGCACAAGUGAAAUAUUUCAAAUGUCAAAAGUAUGCAUUCCACCAAGCCUGAAAAAACGUUAGGCCUUUGAAAGCGUCCUAUUGCUGCAUUUGUUAAACUGACUAAAUAUAUAAAUGUGUAUUUUUUCAAAAUUAUUUUUCAGUAUUCUGACUUGCUCUUCUAAUAACCAUGCUGGGCUGUUAACAUUCUGCAAAAACUAAUCAGAUUCCAGGUAGAACAUUAUGCUGAAAUUGUUGCCAGUUUCGCCAAUAAAGCAACAGCAAAUAACUCCACUCAUCUGGCAAAUACUCUAAUCAAAGAUCCCAUUUCAGAAACUAUCCAUCAAUCACUACCCUUUAAUAUUCCACAUGGCUUCUAAAAGGCAUCUACUUGUUGUUGUUUUUUUUUCUUUUUUUUCCACACCAAUUUGCUCAACAUUUGAUUUUAUGAUUGUUGUGCUCUGUUCGCGUGCACAACUUUACACAAUAUGCAGUUACAUGACCUGAGAUUCGGUUUAGUCAGUGGUGCCACCACACAGCAACUGUCAUGUGUCACCAGUCGAAUCCCAAAGGUGACCACCAGCCAAGUUUUUAAUGUAGCAAUGCUGAAAAACCCAUGACAAUAGAUUGCCUUUAGGUCUUUUGAGCAGGCCUUUCAAAGCCUCUCACUUGUCCUCCAAAUAACAUCUAUGUCUACAGUCAAACAGAAUAACUUUCACUGUGCGAUCCUUUGGGAGACCUAAGUUUGUGUGUGGAUGAUUUUUGGAUUGGUUCCUUUGCUUGUAUAUGUGCGCUGUACCCGCUACACUUGGCAAAUCUAUGCUAGGUAUGCUAGCGCUAGGCUAAGGCUUCUGAGGUCUUUGAAUCAAUUUGGACGUGCUGAGCUUCCAUUCGGGCACACUUUGUGUUUUGCAGAGGCAUUUGGAAACUACUUUGGUUUUCUUAUUUGCGUUCGCGUUGGACAGAACUGAUUUUAUCAAACGUCUAGGAAAGAUAAUCGUAGUUCCUGUAAACACCAAAGAACAUUUUCAAAUUCCAAGCAGAUGUAGUAAUGUGAUUUGUGAGAGAAAAAAAAGAAAUGAAAUGUGAAAUAUAUUUUGGCUAAAAUUUGGUUCUGAAUUUUCGGUAUCACCCAUCAUACUAACAAACACAUUGGUAAACUAUAAGUUGGAAGGUUCACAUAGCUAUCACUGACCAAAAUGUUGUUUUUACAACACAUAAAGAGAUAUCAAUAUCCAUAAAAGUAGAGGUGCAGCUCAUUUAUAAAAUGUGUAAGUGUUGCAGUACAGUAGUGAUUUAGGAGAAAUCAUUUUAAAACGUGAACUAUUUUUCAUCCUAAGUCCCUUGUUAAUGCACAUUGAGUCACACCUGCUCUGUUUUAUUCGUUUCUCGUUGUCUGUUCAUUAUGUGAUAACGUAUAACUAGCCUUGUGUUUCUUUCUCAAAGAACUGACAAAGUAAAAUGCACUGGACUGUUGGUCAAUAGUAACAAUUGCCAUGUGCAAUUUGAUUUUUUUCCCUGAAUGUUAUUGUAAAAUUUUUAAAAAAUGGUAUCAAUCUUCCUGUCCCUAGUGGUGGAAAGGAUUUGUAGAUUUUUUGUUUGUUUGUUUUUCUUCUUUUUGAUGAAUCAAAAUGGACCAAGCUGUUUAUUUGUUGUGUUUGCACAUAGUAGUGUUUUCGAUUUUUUGCGAUGUAUUAAGGCCAUCAAGCGACUCCCUGUCGUACCGUGACAAGUGAAAGAGAAAGAUCUGAUUCGUUCAUUCAAAAAUCCUUCAAAUGCCAUGAAAAAACACCUUGUAACUAAUUCUAGUGCCUGUUAGACAUGUAUUUCACUCUUCCAGCAAAGAACUCACUCAGUCUUAUAGAUGGAAUCAUGUAAAAUCACACAGCGAACAUGAACAUUUACCUGUUAAUGAAUUUGUGUCAUCAUUUCAACCUAAAGGACCAAAUUCCCUAUUUUUUGUGCCGUGGUACACAAUCAUAUAACAAUAACUAUUAUUAUAUAGUGUAAAUAUUUGGAUGGAAACCUUCAUAUCAGAGUAGAAUGUAACCCCUUGGUAAUUAGAAAGGCAAUAUAAUGGUGAAGCAUGAGCUCAUUUAGAAUUAAUUUAGCUUACUUGGGUUAGAUAUUUGUCAGCAUAUACACAUAUAUAUAUUUCUAUACAGUUGCAGGACAUCGAAACCUACUGUGGGUCAGUUAGGAUCAUCAUCAUCACUUCCCUGUUCUAUGAUGUACAUUUUAGUACUGUAAAACUGGAGACCUAUGGAUGUCCACUUUCAAGAUUAGGCUAGUUCAUGUAAAACAAACAAAAAAACAAAAAAAACAUGCUUUUUUCUUUCAUUAUGCUAUUUAUAGCCAUAUCUUACACAUUCUUGUAGGCAAAUACCUUCUUAAACACAUAUAAAGCACUUAUACAUAAUUUAUUUUCACCUUUUUCAUAAUCGCCCUGAUCGCGUUCAUACUAAAGGUUUAUAUUAUGAUAUACAAUAACUGUAGAAAACUGGGCAGAAGUGGAGCUGUUGUAGUAAAGGUAUAUUUGACAUCUUUCAGUAACUAAGCAACCCUAAAUUAUAUGCUGCAGUAACAAUUUUCUUUUGUACGGUGUUCUUUAGUGCUCUAAGUUGGUUUGUCUUUUUUAUUACUGUUUAAAAAAAAAAGUUUGUUUGCUUCGUGAUGACUGCUGUUUUGAGGUAGGGUAUAUAAGGGUUUUAUAAAUGUGUGUACAAGGCCGUUUUAUACUUUGACUUGUCAAACACUGGACUAAAGUGAGUCUUCGUAUAUAUAUAUAUAUAUAUAUAUAUAUAUAUAUAUAUAUAUAUAUAUAUAUCAAAGUUAUCCUUAGUGAGACAUGAACAAGCAGCACAGUACACAGCAUUUUGAAAACUUUAUUUCGAUGUGAACGUUUCCAAACAUCCCCUCCCAAAUUCCUAUAUUAAUAAUAACACGGUGUUAUUUGUAACAUAUACAAAAAGGGAAACCACUGAACUAACAUUUGAAAAAACCACUAAGUAUAAAGCUGUCUCACUCUAUCAGCCAGAUAACGUGGUUGCACCUUUUCACGAUCCUAUUUGACGUUAAAUCAAGCUACCACUUCUCAAACUAGAAAAGAGAUUUGCACUAAAAUAAUUUUCAGUCUUCUUCAAGUGUUUUUUUCCACCGGGCAGUGCGGUAUGGCAUGGUACAGAUACUAAUCCUAACCCUGAACUGUUCCCAAUGUACAACAGAACCGCAAACGUAGACGGGGUUUUCUUGAGGUUGUGUGGUUACAUCAUUUCUCAGUUUAACAGUAAACACAACAGCAAAGUGGAGGAGCUUCAAGUUCUGAUUCAGCUUUUAGUGCAUUUGGUUUUAUGUUCAGAAACACAAACAGCGAUUUUGCCUAAUGUUUUUAGAAAUGCUGUCGUCUGACUCGAGUACGACAUGUGUUGACUGCGUUUGACCAAUUAGUGGUCUGUACUGUUUCUUACUCUAACCAUCAUUCUGGCUCAGCACACUUGGCACCACAGCAAAAGGGCUUUUCCCAAAAAGGUGCCCUGAGCUCUGUAGUCCUCCUCAAAGUCCAGACUACAUAUGUCAACAACGUGCAGGUGUACAGGGCAAAACGUGCCCAUGUACAAUGGCUCAAUAUAGAUUACAAGCCUGAUGUAUCUGAAUGGCAAGAUGAAUUACUAAGCAAGUAUAUUUUAGCUCCUGAAUAUCUUCUUCUACGCAAUGUUGGUAAACAAAAUCCUCCACUCUGAUUGGUCUUCCCCUGUAUCUCAAGGAAUUUUGUUUAGGAGGCCGCUGUGAUGCGGCCCUCCCCAAAGACGGCACCAAGGGCCCAAAGAGGGCGCUCUUCAGUUCGCCUUUGAAUAGCAAAAUGAGAAAUGGGACAGCCUCAUGAACCUCAAGGCCACAUGCAAAUGAAACCACAAAUAUGCCAAGUAAGAUUGGGGUAAACGGAGCACAGGUACUCAGCUAUGAUGGGCACUUGGCAAAGGAAUUGAUGACAAAAUGUGUGAACACAAUCUGUAACCGUACCAACCAUGCGGCACUGCCUGCUGGAAAAACUCCAUUUGAUAAACAGCAAUAGUUUAUGACGCAGAACAACCUGACAAAUUAUUUUAAAAACAGUAGUAUAACAAACUAUAAAAGCUGUGUGUGCACUAUAACUAUAGCACGAUGCUGUGUUUCUAAUGAAAUGAGAUAUUCAAGGAGGGUUUCUACAUUAUUUGUGUAUAAAGGUACAGAAUGGAAGACGUGUGAUGCUGUCAAGGCUCGCGCGGCGUACAUAGAUGCUCACGUAAGCGGAAACGUCUGAGUUUGAGGCGCAUAAAAAAAUUGUACUUCCUGUUUCCUCGCGUGAUUGUUUUGGACGAAAUUUGACGAACUGCUCUCACAAGCCCCCUCCGCCCCUGAGCGAGAGGGGGGGAUGAAGAAGUGAAGAUACGUCCCAGAAACAUGAAGCCACCAUAAACUGGUCUUUCAGAAAGCGAUAAAAUCGUACAAAGUUCAUGCAGGCUUACUAUCUGUAUGCUGAAAUAGAUGGAAUUAUCCUUCUUGCUAUGGUUUUUUGAAUUUGUCGUCGUUGCUGGUGUCGUUGCUGCUUCCGUCAUCACUCUUUCAGACAGUUUAACUGAUUUGCAGUCAUCAGAGUGGCGACAUGUUUCUGGGACGUGGCUUAAAAGAUACAAAUUUAUGCUGAAAGUCACUUCGUGUGACUUUACCAAUAGGAAAUGCGCUUUUCCUUUCAGUGUGUGACGUCAGUUAAACGUAAAAAAUUACAGUCCACACGUAUAUAUAAGUCAUAAUUAUCCAUGAAGGAAAGUGAGGUCGGGAUUAAAGCCAAUAUAUACAAAACAGCUGGUUUCCUUUAUGGGUAAUUAUACGAGAUCAAUAAUAAGCAAAUGAUAGCAAUCAUAAAUAGUGACAAUUUUUGAUUUUUUGGAAAUAGUGGCUUUCCUGUUAUAACCGCUUCGUGGUGUUAUUGAAAGGUGUUGCAGUAUGUCUAAAAUUGUUGCGUGUUAGAGGAAGCAUAAGUAUGUGCCUUCAUGUUAUCUUCUUGGUGAGCUUGUUAUUAUUGAGAAGCUGAAGCUGAAGCCAGCCAAUUGUGUUUGCACUAAAAACCAAAAUUGCUUUUGUGAUGUAGGUUAUUUAAGCAAGCUUGUUGCGUCACUUUAAACGUGUGCAUGAGGGUGAUACUUUGGUAAGUCCUAGGGCUAGAGCUCUCAUAUGCUGAUCUGUAAAAACUAGUGCAGCUUAGGAAAUCCCCGGGAAAAAAAAGAAAUAUCUCCGCUUCGUUCUGUGUCGUAUUUGGUUGGACCCAUCCCAUUCCUUCAUCAUGUCUUGCAGUGACAUAUUCCACACUGAAUAUAUAUCUAUGUAUAAACACGAUGCAUAUAUAUUCUAAAAAAGAAGAAAAAAAGAAUAAAAGAAACAAGCAUAAACAGACGAAUAUUUCAUCAUGCCACAAUAGAGUAUUUUUUACAUUGUCUGUGGAAGAGAUAGUCACGCAUUUCUCUGAAUCAAUGGGGUUGCAUGAAUUCAUGAGGUCGCCUCGAGACUAUUGGUCAUUAUAUUUGGGUUGUUUUUACUAAGUUUGUGUUUCUUUUGUAAAUUAUUAUUAUUAUUAUUAUUAUUACUAUUAUUAUUGUUUCUUGAAAUCUAAAAAAAGGCCUACAUGCUUUGAGUCUUACAAAUGCACCUUAUUCUUGCCUGACUGAAACGAACAGACAGGCCUUGUAAUAUCUCUAAUUUAGCACCUUACUACACAGCAUGAUUUCACUUUAUGCCAGUUUUGCUAUACUUCCAUUGCAUAUGAUUUGAAAUAAUAAUAAAAAAAUAAACCUUAUAUAUUUUGUGAAAAUGUUCAAAGGGAUGUGCCAAAGUUUGGAGGCGAUCUCCCUAGUUUUUAUGCUUAUUAUUCUUUUAUUUCUCUUCUCCUUCAGUUAUUACAAUGGUAUGUCAUGUAACCUUUCCUAUAAAUGUGUUUAAGGACAAUUUAUUUCAGCAAACAGUAUCAUUACCUGCCAUUUUACAGUAAGCCCUGUAUUUCACGUAUAUUUACCAGUGAUGUGUAUUUGUUAUUAUACAGAAAAUAGCCGUAAAAGCUUCAUUAUGUUACAUAAUAUUGUGACUUUUUUCGAAAAACUGUGAAGACUUAUCUUGCAUAUACUUUAUACAGAAGUAUUAAGCCUUAAUACAAAAGACUAAAAAAAGGAGUGGAAGAAUAACUGAUUGUUGCAAAGUAAGGAUGAUUUUUUGUAAAUGUUACCAGCACUUUUUUUGUAAUUUUCACUCUCUGAGGUAUUGUACAAGUUCACGCUGUUUGUGAAGUUUGAAUAUGAAGGAAUAAAAACUAGUACUUUCCUGUACUUCACA